CCAGAAGAGGAUAUCAUGAAAGAACAAAUUUUCAUUGCACUCAGUCUUGUACUCACCUAUACUAGAAUCACCGAUGGAGCUGCAUGUGGUCAUAGAUAUUAUGAUCCAACCUGGGACAUUUGCUGCAACGGAGUCUUAAGCAGUAAAGGAUCCAAGACAAUGUGUUGUGGGACUCAGCCAUACGACCACGAUUGGGACAUUUGCUGCAACGGAGUCUUAAGCAAUAAAGGAUCCAGGACAUCGUGUUGUGGGACUAAACCAUAUGUCUACAAUUUUGACAUUUGUUGCAACGGAGUCUUAAGCAAUAAAGGAUUCAGGACAUCGUGUUGUGGGACUCAACCAUACGGCCCCAAUUGGGAGCAAUGGGGUACUCUGCUCCUAAACUCCAUAUAUAUUAUAAUGAUACCGCUGAUCGAACUAUACAACACAUCGUUUUUAAUUGUUGAAUUUUAUUCUAAAUAGCUAAUAAAUUUUAAA